GCAGCCCUGUCCUCCUCUACCUCCCCGAGAUGCUGAAAGUCACUCUCCCCUCCUCGUCCUCUUCGUCUUCCUCAGCAUCCUCCUCUACCUCCUCCUCCUCUUCCUCCAGGUCUGGCAGCACUGCACCGGAUUACUGGAUCGAUGGCUCCAAUAAGGACACCUUGGCCCAUUACUACGAGCUGGAGUCCGAGCUGGGACGGGGCGCCACAUCGGUCGUGUACAGAUGCAGGCAAAAAGGAACUCAGAAGCCUUAUGCAGUCAAAAUGCUGAAGAAAACUGUAGAUAAGAAAAUUGUAAGAACGGAAAUUGGGGUCCUUCUACGUCUAUCACAUCCGAAUAUUAUAAAACUGAAGGAGAUAUUUGAAACCCCUACGGAAAUUAGCCUCGUUCUCGAACUGGUGACUGGAGGAGAAUUAUUUGAUAGAAUUGUGGAAAAAGGUUAUUACAGUGAGCGGGAUGCUGCUGAUGCAGUGAAACAAAUUUUAGAAGCUGUUGCAUAUUUACAUGAAAAUGGAAUUGUUCACCGAGAUCUCAAGCCUGAAAAUCUGCUCUAUGCCACUCCAGCUCCAGAUGCUCCAUUGAAAAUUGCUGACUUUGGACUUUCAAAAAUUGUUGAUGACCAAGUGGCAAUGAAGACUGUGUGUGGAACCCCCGGCUAUUGUGCUCCAGAAAUUCUCAGAGGGUGUGCCUAUGGACCGGAGGUGGACAUGUGGUCAGUGGGUAUUAUCACCUAUAUAUUACUCUGCGGCUUUGAACCAUUUUAUGAUGAGCGCGGAGAUCAGUACAUGUUCAAAAGAAUUCUCAACUGUGAUUAUGACUUUGUCUCCCCCUGGUGGGAUGAUGUGUCACUGAACGCCAAGGACUUGGUAAAAAAGUUAAUAGUGUUUGAUCCAAAGAAACGCUUGACCACUCACCAAGCCCUUCAACAUCCUUGGGUCACAGGGAAAGCUGCAAAUUUUGCUCAUAUGGACACCGCUCAAAAGAAACUGCAAGAGUUUAAUGCAAGACGCAAGCUCAAGGCAGCUGUUAAAGCCGUGGUCGCCUCCACCCGUUUAGGGAGUGCUGGGAGCCAUAGCAGUCAUGACAGCAAUAAAACAAGCAGAAACCCAUCUCCAGUUCAAGAGGGUGGACGCGAAGAGAUGUCAACUCAGCAAUCUAAAGAGGCAGAGGAAGGAGCAUCUUGAGUCAACGCCAUUGGCGUUUGGGUCCGGGUCUCUGCCAUUUCAUGCACCAGCUACAUCAGUCUUUUUCUUCGCAGGAAAGAUUCCUUAGCAUGACCCUGUGAUAGGUCUUAUCAUGGGGGGCUAUGAAAUGCACGAGUUGGUGGUACUUUGUUCAAUGCAUGUGACUGCUUAUGAAAAAUAGUAAAAUGGCGGACCUGAGACAUGGAAGGUGUAGUGCUGUACCUACACACAAACUAUGACUUGGGCAAAUAUUAUUUCAAGUAUAACCUCGAUAUGCAUAGUAUCUACACUGUAGAUAAAAUAUGAAGUGUGUAGUGUUUCAUUUUACAAUUUUAUAAAAGUAUUGGACUUUCUAGAGAAUAAUCUACUAGUAUAGGUUCUCAUUUCAUAAUCUUACCAUGUUGCCGGGAUUGAUAUUAAUCAUCUGAAAGAAAUAUGUUAAUUGCCUCGCGUCGUCUCCCUUCUGUUUACAAGAAUAUGCAUUGAUGACUGUGAAUAGACACAUUCCAUUGACAUGGACGCAUAGACCAAGGGGCUGGUAGGUUAACAUAGCUUGCAUUAUGCCUUAUAAAUACACUUUAUAUACAGUAUUUUAUUAACCAAAAAGCACUUUCAUAGACUUCUGUCCUUGUAUUGUCUAGAAAUGGAAUGCCUAACAAGUAAUUAAUACACAAUUAUAUUAAUAAAAGUGCAGUAAGUAGAAUCGGAAGUUAUCUAUAGACUUUAGUGGGUUUUUAAAGACACUUGAUAAUGGAUGCAGAAAGUCAUAUAUAGUAAAAAUCGUAUUUCCUGUACAUUUCUUUUUAAUAUAUUAGGGCUAAUGUAACCUAUUUAAGUUUAAAUCUGACAUUUAUCAUUGGAAUGCGCAUCUCUACUAUUAAAAAAAUUUCUUUUUUAA